GAGCUUGGCUGGCUGGCUCUCAUUCGACGUGUUGUUCCUGUAUUCUUUGAGCACUCUGAAGCAGAAUCGAGCUGGAACCCAAACCCUAGAUCCGAUCUGACCCAAUUUCUUCCUCUGAAUUCUUCGGGUGGGUCUUCCUAGUGGAUCGGAGCCAUGCCUGUGGCUGCUUCCGCUAUCUACUUCUUGAAUCUCCGUGGAGAUGUCCUCAUCAAUCGCCUCUAUCGUGAUGACGUUGGGGGAAAUAUGGUAGACGCAUUUCGGACGCAUAUAAUGCAGACGAAAGAACUUGGUACAUGUCCAGUGCGGCAGAUAGGAGGUUGCUCUUUCAUAUAUAUGAGAAUUAGCAAUGUAUACAUUGUGAUUGUUGUAAGCAGUAACGCUAAUGCUGCUUGUGCUUUCAAGUUUGUCGUUGAGGCUGUUGCACUAUUCAAAUCCUACUUUGGCGGGGCUUUUGAUGAAGAUGCUAUUCGCAACAACUUUGUUCUGAUAUAUGAGCUUUUAGAUGAGAUUAUGGAUUUUGGUUAUCCUCAAAAUCUUUCACCAGAAAUUCUAAAGCUUUACAUUACUCAGGAAGGUGUACGGUCACCAUUCUCUUCUAAGCCUAUUGAUAGACCAGUCCCCAAUGCAACAUUACAAGUUACAGGUGCUGUUGGCUGGCGCAGAGAGGGUCUUGUUUACAAAAAGAAUGAGGUGUUUCUGGAUAUUGUGGAAAGUGUGAAUCUCCUUAUGUCUUCAAAAGGUAGUGUUCUGCGCUGUGAUGUGACGGGAAAAGUUCUUAUGAAAUGCUUUCUUUCGGGGAUGCCUGACUUAAAGCUGGGUCUAAAUGAUAAAAUUGGACUUGAGAAAGAGUCGCAACUUAAAUCACGUCCCUCUAAGAGUGGGAAGACAAUCGAACUUGAUGAUGUAACCUUUCACCAAUGUGUAAAUCUGACAAGGUUUAACACAGAGAAAACUGUCAGUUUUGUGCCACCAGAUGGUGAAUUUGAGUUGAUGAAGUAUCGUAUUACCGAGGGAGUAAAUCUUCCAUUUCGAGUUUUGCCAACAAUCAAGGAAUUAGGUAGGACUCGCAUGGAAAUAAAUGUCAAGGUAAAGAGUGUUUUUGGAGCAAAAAUGUUUGCGCUUGGUGUAGUUGUGAAGAUUCCUGUCCCGAAACAAACAGCAAAAACCAGUUUCCAAGUGACAUCAGGCAAAGCUAAAUAUAAUGCCGCACUUGAUUGCUUAAUUUGGAAGAUAAGAAAAUUUCCUGGACAAACUGAACCGACAUUGAGUGCAGAAGUGGAGUUGAUCUCCACAAUCACAGAAAAGAAGUCAUGGACUAGACCACCAAUUCAGAUGGAAUUCCAGGUUCCCAUGUUUACGGCCUCUGGACUACGUGUUCGUUUCCUCAAGGUCUGGGAGAAGAGCGGUUACAACACUGUCGAGUGGGUUCGCUACAUUACCAAAGCGGGUUCAUACGAAAUUAGGUGCUAGAAACGUAGAGACGACGUAAAUGAUUGGUUUGGAAUUUAGGGAAAGAUUACCAUGGCAGGCCAAGGAAUCUCUCCAGUAUUUUGUGGUUUUUCUGCAGUAUCGAUGUUGAUUGAGUUGUUAUUUUUUUUUAGUUGCAACGAUACCUAAUUGUUUCUCACAUUAAUUAUAUAUAAAUAUUCUUUUCACACA